GCAAUUUCCAAUUUUAACACGCAAUGAACCAGCGGUGCAUUUGGGAUUCAAAGUUGAAUAGAAUUUUUAUGAGAAAUUCCAACCUGAAGUUUCCUCGAUGGACAAUAUGAACAAGAGGAAAUAGUUGUGCAAAUUCCCCUUACCUCCAAAUUCUCCCUUGUGUUUGUUGAAAAAUUCUCAAAAACAAAAUAAUCUUGCAAUGAGGUUUGUACAUGGAACCCACACGUGGCUGUGCUGCAGCAAAUUUCUGACGUGAGUCAAGAUGGAUUCAAACACCAAUAUUUCAGAUGCUUUACUCUCACUGAGAACCUUUGUCCUGCAACCGUUUCGUGCCCUGUUGAGUCGUUUGUCGUUUUCCAAUUUGAGGCAAGGAGUUGAAGCUUCCAAUUCCUCCAUGGACUAUAAUAACUAUCAAAGCUAUAAAUAUGAUGUGUUCAUCAGUUUUAGAGGUCCUGACACCCGCAAUACUUUUGUUGAUCAUCUUUAUGCUCAUCUAACUUCAAAGGGUAUUUUUGCCUUCAAGGAUGAUAAAAGGCUUGAGAAAGGGGAAUCCCUUUCGCCGCAGCUUCUGCAAGCAAUUAAAAAUUCUCGGAUUUCUAUAGUUGUUUUCUCUGAAAGAUAUGCUGAGUCAACAUGGUGUUUGGAAGAAAUGGCUACUAUUGCUCAAUGUCGUAAAGAUUUGAAACAGACUGUUUUCCCUGUUUUUUAUGAUAUCGAUCCAUCUCUUGUACGAAAACAGACUGGGGUGUAUGAGAAUGCUUUUCUUUCACACAUGAAAAAAUUCAAACAUGAUCAUAAUAAAGUUUUGAGAUGGUCGAGAGCUAUGGUUGAUUUAACUGAAGUAGUUGGUUGGGAUGUUAGGAACAAGCCAGAGUUUCGAGAGAUUAAAAAUAUUGUUCAGGAGGUAAUAAAAUUAUUGGGUCAUAAGUUCUCAGGGUUUGCUGAGGACCUUAUUGGGAUACAACCACGAGUAGAAGAAUUAGAAAGCCUUCUGAAAUUAAACUCAAAGGAUGAUGAAUUUCGAGCUAUAGGUAUUUGGGGGAUGGCUGGAAUUGGAAAGACAACUCUUGCUUCCGUCUUGUAUGAUAGAGUCUCCUAUCAGUUUAAUGCAAGCUGUUUUAUUGAGAAUGUAAGCAAAAUCUAUAAAGACGGUGGUGCUACUGCUGUAAAGAAACAAAUCCUUCGGCAAACCAUAGAUGAGAAAAACCUAGAGACAUACAGCCCUUCUGAAAUAUCUGGAAUCGUACAUAAAAGACUUCGCAACAGGAAGUUUCUUGUAGUUCUUGACAAUGUAGAUCUAUUAGAGCAGAUGGAAGAGUUGACUAUAAAUCCUGAGUUGCUUGGUAAAGGAAGUAGAAUGAUCAUUACAACCAGGGAUAUGCAUAUUCUAAGAGUGUUUGGAGCACGGUUACCAAUAUCAUAUGAUGUGUAUGAGGUUCCACUAUUGAAUAGUAAUGACGCUCGCGAACUUUUUUAUAGAAAUGCUUUCAAAGGUGAGGGUCCCUCGAGCAGAUGUGUGAAGCUGACUCCUGAGGUACUAAAAUAUGCUCAAGGUCUUCCAUUAGCAGUUCGAGUAGUGGGUUCUUUCUUGUGUACUCGAAAUGCUGACCAAUGGAAAGAUGCUUUGAGCAGAUUGAGGAAAAAUCCAGACAACAAAGUUAUGGAAGUGCUUCAGGUAAGUUUUGAGGGAUUGCAUUCUGAAGAAAAAGAAAUAUUUCUGCACAUUGCUUGUUUCUUUAAAGGAGAGAAGGAAGAUUAUGUGAAGCGAAUUCUAGAUGCUUGUGGGUUGCACCCUCACAUUGGAAUUCCAAGUUUGAUUGAGAGGUCACUCAUAACCGUUAUAAAUCAAGAAAUUCUUAUGCAUGAAAUGUUGCAAGACUUGGGGAAGAAAAUUGUUCGGCAACAAUUUCCUUUCCAACCUGGAUCAUGGAGUAGAUUGUGGCUGUAUGACGAUUUUUACUCUGUCAUGAUGACAGAAACGGGAACAAACAAUGUUAAUGCCAUAAUUCUAGACCAAAAAGUGCAUAUCUCUGAACAUCGUCGGUUGAGGGCUGAAGGAUUGUCAAUAAUGAGGGGACUUAAAAUUCUUAUAUUGUAUCAUACAAAAUUUUCAGGAAGUCUCAAUUUCCUUUCUAACAGCUUGCAGUAUCUUCUGUGGUUUAGUUACCCUUUUGCUUCUUUGCCAUUAAAUUUUGAGCCUUAUUGUCUUGUUGAAUUGAACAUGCCUUGUAGCAGCAUCCAGCGACUUUGGGACGGUCACAAGGAUCUCCCUUGUUUGAAAAGGGUGGAUCUGAGCAACUCCAAAUUACUUGUAGAGACUCCAAAUUUUGCUGGAAGCCGAAGACUUGAGCGACUAGAUUUUACAGGAUGCGUAAACCUGUCGUAUGUCCAUCCGUCCAUUGGACUUCUUGAAAAACUUGCUUUCUUGAGUUUGGAAGGCUGCAGCAGUUUGGUCAGGCUAGUUCUUGAUGGUGACACUGUAUUUAACUUAUAUUCUCUCAAAGUUCUGCACCUCUCUGGCUGCUCAAAACUCGAAACCAUACCAGAUUUUACCAGGGUCUCAAAUCUGGAGUAUCUUGAUAUUGAUCAAUGUGCGAGUUUAUCAACAAUUGAUCAUUCUUUUGGGGAUCUUCUACAACUUAAAUUCUUGAGCUUAAGACACUGCACGAAUCUUGUCAGUAUACUCAAAAUCUUAAAUUCUAUGCCUUCUCUUGUAACUAUAGAUUUAUGUGGCUGCUUAAAACUAGAGAAUCUACCCUUGUUUGCAAACACCUCGUUCUCUGAAGAAAGUACUGACAUCAUAUUUGCAACUGCAGAAAAUAUUGAUCUCUCUAUAUCUUCUUUAAAUCUGAAUUUUUUGAUUUUUUUGGACCUGAGCUUCUGCAAUCUAAGUAUAGUCCCUGAUGCUAUUGGAUAUCUAUGGCAUUUAGAAAGGCUAAAUCUUGAAGGAAACAACUUUGUUUCCCUACCAUCUUCAAUAGGGAGGCUUUCCAGUCUAGCAUAUUUAAACUUGGCGCAUUGCAGCAGGCUUCAAUAUUUGCCGGAGCUCCAAGACUGUGCUACUUCUACAUCUGGGGGAAGGUAUUUCAAAAUGGUAUCCGGAUCUCACGAUCAUAGGUCAGGAUUUUAUUUUUUCAACUGCCCCCUCUUGGAGAUUGCAGAAGGUCAUAAGUUGGCACUUUCGUGGCUUAGGAAAUUACUUAAGAGUCCUUGUCAUUUCCGGUGUGGCCUUGACAUUGUUGUUCCCGGUAACACAAUUCCACAAUGGUUACCUCAUCAAUUUACGGCAAAUUCAAGAAUAAGGAUAACAGACUGUGUUAAUGAGUUUGACAAUUGGCUUGGCUUUUCCUUUUGUGUGACAUUUGUAGAAUUUCAUUCAACAACUUCUGGUUCAUAUUAUCCAUUUUCAUCACAACUUCCAUAUCCUCUUUAUCUUUCUUUCGAAAGUGAACAAAUGGAAGAAACCUUUGAUAUACCAAUUCGGUUAGACCGAAACGAUGUUGAUGGCUCAGAUGCAGAAUAUUUAUGGCUAAUCUAUAUCUCUAGGUCCCACUGCCAUUUUGUGACUACAGGAGCACAAAUCACGUUUAAAGCUCGCCCAGGUUUGGUGAUAACACAAUGGGGAUUGCGCAUGGUUAUGGAGCAUGAUAUUAUCGAUCCAUUUGAUUUGUGGAUAAAUGGAGUUCAUAAACAAGAAUAUCUUGGCCUAGAUCAUGUACAUGAAAGCAGCAGCAGCAGCAGGCCUGAAAUCCAAUUUCCUUAUAAUUGGUAUGAAGCUGUGGAAGAGAUAAAGCCUAAAGUCCAGCUUCGUUAUAACUGGCAUGUUACUGAGGAUGAGGAAAUCGAGAAUAGGGAAGUGAAUGUUAAACAAAGUCAUCUCUCGGAUAUGGGCCUUACCACAGCCGAUGAUUAUCAGGACUUACCUCAAAAGUCUCUUCAAUGACUUAUUUUGUUUACUUCCGCCACUUCCUAUACGCACGAAAAGGUGAUUAAAAGAUUUAUCACUUCAUACUUCAUUGAAGUGAGUUCCAAUUAUACGAAGGGAUGUUGAAUUGUAACCAUUUAACAUUUUAUUAAUAAUUUUCAAAAAUGAAGGACCUUUUUGAAUGUGUUGUAACAUCUCAUUAGUUCAAGCAUAUGUUCUUACUUUUUGGUACUUCUUCGUUUUUACAGUCUCAGAUCUGACCCCAAGGCCAUCGAUCCAGGCUGUGGCAGUAACACGGCUUUUGAGGCUGCUCUUCAGUGACCAAUUGAUCGAUUCAAAUGAUAUGGAGAUGUUACUGUUAGAAAUGAAAGUAUUGAUAUUCUAGUGUUUAGUUUAGAUCUAAUUACGUGUAUCUUUGUUGUCUUUUGGUAGUAGUACAUAGUUGUUGUUUUAGUGGUUUUUCUUUGUUCAUUCUUGCUUGUCAAGUUUGCCGUGAUCAAGUGGGUAGUGAUUUGGUCAUAGUGUAAUCUUUGGCUAUUUUAGCUUAUUGAAUGAAUGAAAUAUCUUGUCUUCGACAAAAAAGAGAAGCAUGUUUUUAGCCGGACUU